AUGGGCUGCAGUGCAUCAACAAAAACAGCAGGUUCGGUCAGUUCCUCUCUUUAUGGCGCAAUAAGUUCGCCUGCAUACCUUCACCAAUGUCGGGAUUCUACAAAGAACAGAGAAAAGGAUGAGCAACGUGCAGAACCACAAGAUCUUCUACAAAAUUUUCUUCUACUUUGGCUCGAUGCUAAGUUGGACGAGUCGAACCCAGACUUUCGCCAUUCAAUUACGCAGUUGCGGCGAACUGUCGAUACUAUCGAGACUUUUCGUGAUAGUGCCGAGUGUCUUGAAUAUAUUUCAAAUUUCGAAGAUGAGAAAGCUUUUCUCAUUGUAUCUGGAGAUCUCACUGACAAGAUCGUACCACGUAUCCAUGGUAUUCCUCAAAUUUACGCAAUUUAUAUAUUUUGUCGCAAACAAUCCAAGUACGAACAAUGGGCAACAAAGGAAUGGUCCAAAGUAAGAGGUGUUUUUACGGAAAUCGACUCGGUGUGCGCUUCUGUUCGUCAAGCAGCUCGAGAGUGUGACGAUGAUCCUGGGGUCAUUACUGGUGAAUUAGAACCCUCAUUUAUGUACACAAUUCUUUUCAAAGAAAUUGUGCUUGAAAUUGACUUCGAUAGAAAGAUAACCGUCCCAGAUCUUGCCGAUUAUGCUCGUAAGCAAAAGGCGUAUGCUGACAAGCAAGAGCAACUCGAAAUGAUCGAUGAUUUCGUCCGAAACUAUGAUGUAAGCACCACUAAUAAUCCUAUUCGAUGGUACACCGCAGAAUGUUUCACAUACAAAAUGCUCAACAAGGCAUUAGGUAAACUAGAUGUUGGCACUUUGUUAAAAACAGGCUUUUUUAUGCGCGAUUUAUAUGAGAAUAUCCAACAACUUCACCAAACACAAAUCAACGACAAGUGCGUAGUAUUUCCAACCAAGGUUUAUCGCGGCCAAGCAAUGACUCCCCAAGAUUUUAAACGCAACAUCAAACGAGAAAAACUUGUAUCUUACAAUAAUUUCUUAUCAACAACAGAAGAACGAGAUGUUGCCGUUGGUUUUAUUCGUAGAAAACUCCAAUCCGAUCAAGCCAAAAUUGGUGUUCUUUUCGUUAUGGAAAUUGAUCCAUCAUUAAAAUCGGCUCCAUAUGCUAACAUCACUGAACUCAGCUACUCUGAACACGAGAAAGAAAUUCUAUUCGCAACGCACACUGUGUUUCGGGUCCGACAAAUGAAACAAACCCAGGAGGGAGACAUGAAAAUAUGGCAAAUACACCUUACCUUGACCAGUGCCACUGACGAUCACCACUUGAGUCAACUUACACAAAGCAUACGACAAGACAUCACCGGAGCGGGAUGGCAACAAAUGGGCAUUCUGCUAUGCAAAAUGGGUCAGAACGAAAAGGCCGAAGCAGUUUAUAUGCAGUUACUUGACAAGGCCUCUACUGAAGACGAUAGAGCGUACUGCUAUCACCAGCUCGCGCUAAUUAAAAACAACCAAGGAGAAUACAACAACGCCUUACAAUUUUACAACCAAUCACUCGAAAUCUGCCAAAGAACUUUAUCGAAAGAUCAUCCCAAUUUGGCCACUUUGCACAGCAACAUUGGUCAAGUGUAUAGCAAAAUGGGCGAUUACACGAAAGCACUUGAAUAUUACGAGAAAGAUCUUCGAAUCACUCUAAUAGCCCUACCUGAAAAUCAUCCUGAUUUGGCCACUUCGUACAGCAACAUUGGUCAAGUGUAUAGCAACAUGGGUGAUUACACGAAAGCACUUGAAUAUUACGAGAAAUCACGUCAAAUCUACAUAAUAGCCCUACCUGAAAAUCAUCCUGAUUUGGCCACUUCGUACAGCAACAUUGGUCAAGUGUAUAGCAACAUGGGUGAUUACACGAAAGCACUUGAAUAUUACGAGAAAUCACGUCAC